AUGGAUUAUCCUACCUUCUUACUCUUGCUAUCUUUCAUUUUAUCGAUCAUCUAUGUCCUCACCGUCUCCGGCCGCAACGACUCUCGGCUUCCGCCGGGACCUUACCGUUUUCCGGUCAUCGGAAACCUCUUAGACCUUGGCCACGAACCCCACCGUUCUCUUGCCACACUUUCUAAACGUUACGGUCCUUUAAUGUCUCUUAAGCUUGGAAGUAGAACAACCAUAGUCGUUUCAUCGCCCGAUAUUGCUAAAGAAUUCUUUCACACACAUGACCGAGUAUUCUCUAGCCGAUCAGUCCCAGAGACCGCUCGAGUCAUAGACCACCAUAAAUUCUCUAUGGUCUGGCUGCCCGCCGAAGAUCACUGGCGAAGACUGCGAAGAAUAACUAAAGAAUAUAUGUUCUCCGCGCAACGUCUAGACGCCAGUGAAGGCCUACGCGAAAAGAAGAUACGGGAACUAGUUCGCCAUAUUGAUCGAUGUUGUACAAGCGGAAAGGUCGUGAACGUAGGCGCGGUUGCGUUUACGACAACGCUUAAUAUUUUAUCCAACUACAUGUUCUCUAUGGAUUUCGCGCAAUAUGAUUCUGUGUCAUCACAAGAAUUCAAGGAGACGGUAUGGGCGUUGAUGGAGGUUAGCGGGAAGCCGAAUCUAGUGGACUUUUUUCCAAUACUUAAACGGUUGGAUCCACAAGGUCUAGUGUCACGAGUUACUAUUUAUGGAAAGAAGUUACUGACUAAUUUUGAUAGGAUCAUCGAUCAACGCUUGCAAAGAAGGUCAAGUUCAUCGUCACCCGUUGGUGUUUCAUCGGCAAAUGACGAUGUUUUGGAGUUGUUGCUCAACCUCAAUCUGAAAGAUGAAUCCAAGUUUAGCCGAAAUGACAUGAUGCAUUUGUUCUUGGCUUUAUUUAUCGCGGGAACUGAUACGAUAUCUAGCACAUUGGAAUGGGCGAUGACUGAGCUUAUUCGUAACCCAGAGAAAAUGGAAACAGCUCGUUCAGAGAUCCUAAAACUCACGCAAAACGACGACAAAAACAUACAAGAAUCAUGUAUCGCUCAAUUCCCUUUUCUACAAGCUAUUAUAAAAGAAACUCUACGACUGCAUCCUCCGGCCCCUUUUCUUAUCCCUCACGAAGCAAUACAUGAAGCAGAAGUCCAAGGUUUCACCGUGCCCAAAAAUGCACAAAUCCUGUGUAACGUUUGGGCGAUGGGACGAAAUCCAACCGUUUGGUCAAACCCAGAAACGUUCAUGCCUGAGAGGUUUUUGAAUGUCGAGAUUGAUUAUAAAGGCCAAGAUUUCAAGCUCAUUCCGUUUGGUGCAGGAAGAAGGAUUUGUCCAGGAUUGAAUUUCGCUCAUAGAAUGUUGCAUAUAAUGUUGGGAUCUUUGAUUCAAAACUUUGAUUGGGAGCUCGAAGGAAACGCGAGCCCACAAGAUAUCGAUAUGGGGGAGAAGUUCGGGAUCACAUUGCAACGAAAUAUACCACUCGUAGCCAUUCCAAUCAAACUGUAA